AUGACCAGUCUAGCUUACCUCAACGCCAUCCAUCCAGAUUUAGCAUUUCACGUAAAUGAUGAUCGACCUCCUCCCUCCAGCCAUGCAACCUCUUCUUCUUCUUCUUCCUCUCGUUCCUCUCAUUCAUCCCAUUCGAAUCAUACCGCUCGGUCCAUCACUUCCCGUCCUCGGUCGAUGGACCUGGAAGGUGGGGAUGUUGUUGAGACUGAGGACAUAAGGUCGGAGGAUGCGCAAGAAGAAGACAUGGAACAUUUGCAGGAUGAGCUUGAGAAUGCAAAACGGGAGGAUGAGAAGUAUGAUGAAGAACAACGAAAGUCAAGGAGAGGAAGUGAGAGACGGUCCAUCGAUUAUGGGAUAACUCGGACUACAUCUCCAAUUGAUAUCGACAAUGGAAGGCUACAAACGAAGAUGCCACGUACGGUAACUAUCAACGAGCCUUUCAAAUCAUCUACGGAUCAGUACCCUUAUACCACGUCAAAAGAAGGAUCAAAUUAUAAUCGAAGUAACACCUGGACUACCGUAACAUCCCUCAUUCCCUUCAUAGGUGAAAAGCGAAGCGACAAAGAAUAUCAAGGUAUUUUACCCACCCUCGUCAAAUGGUUAUUCGGUCACAAGGAAACAUCUGGUGUUGAGAACAAUGAAGAAGAUCCAGAUUAUGUCCCACCGAAAUAUCGUUGGACCCCCAUCCUAUCUGGUUUAUUACAACCGUUCUCCAUUCUCCUCGAAAUUCCCGGAUUGACAGAACAUUGGUAUGUCCGUACAGUCGACGAUCAUCCUGUGGUGUAUCAAUCCAAUCCCGUCAUCCUCGAUGUGGGCUUAGCGAUCUCCAUGGCAUGUGGUGUAGUGGCCAAUGUCGCUCUCAUUUCUCGAUUCCUCGAACGAAGAGUUUACACAAGUACCGUGGUCACCAUCGUCGGUCUGACUCUACAUGACAUCAUCAACGUUGUGGCGAUCACGAUCUUUGGUGUUGUCCAUCGAACAGAUGAUGGUUUCACUUAUUCCGAAGCGUUUUGGUUAUGCGUCUGUUCGACAGCAGCGAGUAUGUUCACCAACGCUACUUUGGUAUACGAUUUGAUCAAAACGAAAGAUUUCCGGAAAUCCGGUUCGGGAUUGACUGCCAAACAAAGAAGUCUGGUGAUUAUAGUAAUGAUUUUACUUGUCUAUCUCGCCUUGGGAGCUUUAUGUUUCAAUUUUCUCAUACCGGAAAUAACAUUUCAAGAUUCGCUUUAUUUCGUAGUGGUCAGUCUUGAGACUGUGGGAUAUGGAGAUAUAACCCCUUCUCAUGUGGGAGCGAAGAUAUUUUUACUCUUUUACGCUCCUAUUGGUAUCUUAAAUCUAGCAGUUACAGUUGGAACCGCAAGAGAUACAAUGGUAGAAUCUUGGAAUGCGGCAUAUAGGAGAAGGAGACAUGAAAUGAUCAAAAGGCAUAAAAUAAGGAAACAACAAAGACAAGAAGAAAAUAUACGUAGGGUUGCUAUUGAACAACAACUUGAAGCUAUAGGUGCUCCUGUGUAUAUCAACAGAGGUGGAGUCCGAGCCGCUGCCAGAGGAAAGAGGCUCAAUGUCAAGGCUUUGUCGGAGGAUCAACUUAAUGCUGCGGAGACUCAAGCUAUGGAGGAGAUAGCUAGUAAACAGUCUUCAGCAUCAGUUCAUGAAGCUUCUCUCCUUGCAUUGGGUGGAUCAUAUGGCAUGACAGGUGGAAUGGGCGGGAAUGGGAAUGGGACUUCAGUGACAAAGUUGGCCUUAGGUCCAGAUUUAAAAGCGGAAGGUCAGACGAGCGAGAUGGAAUCUGAAGGACGUCAAAAAGCUUUGGCAGAUGCUGCUAGAUUGCAAGAAGAAUUGACAGCCCAAUCGUUGCUUAGUGAAGAGGGAUAUCGCGAGUUUCAAGAACGUAUGGCGAGGGAAGAGAGGAUGGAGAAUUGGAUCAAGUUCGCUUUCGCCCUAGCCAUGUUCAUCAUUUUCUGGCUGGUUGGAGCUACCGUCUUCGCAGCUACCGAAAAUUGGUCAUACUUCCUCGCGUUUUAUUUCUGUUUCGUUACUUUUACCACCAUCGGGUACGGUGAAAUAUCACCGCACACUCCUGCUGGGCGAGCGUUCUUUAUCAUUUGGGCUAUCCUGGGAGUAGCAACUGUGACCCUUCUCAUCGCUGUCCUAACUGAAGCUUAUGCGAAUCGAUAUAAAUCCGUCGUGAGACAUCGAGAUCCUGGACGAACAUUAGAUCUUGUCAAUCAUUUGGUUCAUCCUGAUCCUUCUCAUAUUUCAUUAACUUCCCUGCCAUCUGAUCCUAUUCAUUCAUCUGGUCAAUCUGUCCCUAUCAAUCGAUCUAAUCAAAACCUCACCUCCGAUCCCUCCGUCCAACCACCCGAUCCAUCUCAUCUUACUCUAACUGAUCCUUCCCAACCCUCCGAUCCAUCCCACACAUCUCACCCCAUGCAUCACUCCCAUCUAAACCCUUUCCAUCACCCCCACCCUCACCCACUCGAAGUAUCAUAUCAAAUCUUAUCCCUCGUACGUCAAUGGCAUCUCAUCAUCACGGCCGAACGACUUUCAGCCGGACAUGACCUUCUCUCUUUGCCUAAUAAUCCUCUCUACCAACUCCGUGAGGACCUACUCCGUCGAUUGAUGGACGAUCAAUCUCUCACUCAACCUCAAAGACGUCAAGUGGAAGAAGAUGAAGAAGCCAAGAAAAUGUUAUUAUGGACUGGAUACGAGAAAGCCGUAGCGGGUGUUGUAAGCUUAGCUGAGGAAUCUAUCAAAGUACAUGAAUUGAGGGAAAAGGGGAGAAAAGGUUUGAUAAGACUUAGUGGACCUAGGUUAUGGGGUAAACAUGGUGAACAUUUUAAAUCGUCCAAACAUUCCAAACUCUCUGUCUCUCCUAAAUCUUUUCAACCGUAUGGUUCUUCCACUUCCCCCUCCCCAUUGGGUAGCACAACGCACACCGAAGUCGGGUCAUCUCGGCUGACCAAGUCGAUAGGACUGACAAGAGAUGAGAAAGGAAGAUUACCGAUUAUUGAAGAGAAACAAUAG